GUGAAGGCGCGGAAGGCGAGCGAAACAUUUUCCACCCGGCACCGUCCGUCUCUUUGUCCAUCCACCUCCUCGCUGAGAGCAACAUCCGCAGCGACAACCAUGGCCAAUGUUGCCGACACCAAGCUCUAUGACAUCCUCGGCGUGUCGCCGUCUGCUUCCGAAAAUGAACUGAAGAAGGCAUACAGAAAGUUGGCCAAAGAGUACCAUCCGGACAAAAACCCCAACGCUGGCGACAAGUUCAAGGAAAUCAGCUUUGCCUAUGAAGUUCUGACCAACCCCGAGAAGAAGGAGCUCUAUGAUCGCUAUGGCGAGCAGGGCCUGCGGGAGGGUGGCGGCGGCGGCCCCGGCAUGGACGACAUCUUCUCGCACAUCUUUGGCGGCGGGCUUUUCGGAUUCAUGGGCGGUCAAGCCGGACGCUCGCGCAACGGCGGCCGGCGGAGAGGCGAGGAUAUGGUGCACCCGCUCAAAGUAUCACUGGAUGACCUUUACAACGGCAAGACGACCAAACUACAACUCAGCAAAAAUGUCCUGUGUAGUACUUGUAACGGGCAAGGAGGCAAGACGGGUGCGGUCCAGAAGUGCACCGCUUGCCGAGGGCGCGGGAUGCGCAUCAUGAUCAGACAGCUGGCGCCGGGCAUGGUGCAACAGAUGCAGUCCGUGUGCACGGAUUGCAACGGAGAAGGUGAGGUGAUCAGCGAGAAGGACCGCUGUAAGAAGUGCGAGGGCAAGAAGGUGGUGAAGGAGGUCAAGAUCUUGGAGGUGCACGUGGACAAGGGCAUGAAGCACGGCCAAAAGAUCACCUUCGGCGGAGAGGCGGAUCAGGCACCGGGGGUGGAGCCGGGCGACAUCGUCCUGGUGCUGCAAGAGAAAGAGCACGAGACAUUCCGGCGAGAUGGCAACGACCUGUUCAUGAACCACAAGAUCGGCCUGGUGGAGGCGCUGUGCGGCUUCCAGUUCAUGCUGAAACAUUUAGACGGUCGACAGAUCGUGGUCAAGCAUCCCGCCGGCAAGGUCAUCGAGCCAGGCUCGGUGCGGGUGGUGCGAGGGGAGGGCAUGCCGCAGUACCGCAACCCCUUUGAGAAGGGAGACCUGUAUGUCAAGUUUGAUGUGCAGUUCCCCGACAGCAACUGGAUCAGCCCCGAGAAAUUGGCGGAACUGGAGGACAUGCUUCCAUCGCGAUCAGAGGCGCCGCUCAUCACAGGCGAGACGGAGGAGGUGGACCUUCAGGACUACGACGUGAGCCAGGGCUCGUCGACAGGGGGCCGCCGGGAGGCCUACAACGACAGCUCAGACGAAGAGGGCGGUCACCACGGCCCGGGGGUCCAGUGCGCCCAUCAAUAGCCCAGAAGCGGUGAGGCAGUGGGCACAGGCGGCAAAAAUAGACUUUGUUCUUCGUUUAUUUAAAAGAAGCUGCAGACAUCCUGCCGUUACCUCUUCCGAGGCAGAGAAAUUCUCUUGUUUGAAUGUUGCUUUUUUCCCCCCGCCCUCAAAGAAUUUACAGUAAUUUAACAAAUGAACACAUUCACACGAGCCGUUUUCUCAUAGAAUGUUUCAGUUUUACUUUUUUGUUUUUUUGUUACAGCUUUGUUUUUCUUGGUAGCUUUUUACAUGUCGGUCCAAGUCCUCAUCCUCCUCUUCCUUUUCUUUAUAUUUUUAAUCCCAGAUUGUGUAUAUCUUUCAACUGGUUACCGCCUGUAUUCAAAGCGGAGUGUGAUUUUAAAAACAACGUAUAUAGCAAGAAAUAACACACACAAACAGGAAAAAAAAAAAAAAAAGACGAUAUAGCCUGCACCUAUGUUGAGAUCAUGUGCAUGUACAAAAAAAACUAGUAAAAAUUGUUAAGCUUUUGGUUCCGGCACUUGUACCGCAGUCACAAAAAUCAUUUAAAAAAACAAUGUUUAAAUUGUUGAAUAAAUUGUUGAAGAAUCACA